ACGGUAGGGAUUCUGCGAACACCUACACACUGUUGACCUUUUAUCCAUCCUUUGUAUGGAUUUCUAAGUUUUUUUUUGUACAUGUAGAAGGUAAAAAGUGCGUGUUAUUUUAUAAAUAUGGCUUUGAAUAAAAUAAAGACGUGUCAUCGGAGUGUGUUCAGGUGUCUCCAGGAAGUGAUAUCUCAGAGAUGUUUGCUUGCCAUGUCUUCGUUUCACACCACAAACACUCAGUCAAACUCAAACAAAUCUUCUGUGGUUCGCUGUAGCAGACAGAAAUACGAGCGCAUGUACCCGGUGUUGCUCGUGCGUCCUGACGGCUCCACCAUUAAUAUCAGAUACAAAGAACCUCGGAGAAUUAUAAUGAUGCCUGUGGACAUUACAAGUCUGUCAGAGGAGGAGAGAAAGGCAAGGAUGCGAAAGAGGGAUCCUAAGAAGGACAUGGCUAAAAGAAGGGAUGAUGAGUUUGAGGAUGACUUUAAACUGGAGGACUACAGCAAGUUCUGGAAAAAAACAUGAACAGAUCAGCUUUCUUCAGUCAGCAAAUUUACACAGUUUUAAAUGAACAGAACUUACACUUUUUUUUGUUUAUUAUCAAAUCAAUAAAGGUUCAUAAAAGUUAA